UGCAGCACCGGUCUGCAGGACCUCUCUGAACACGCCAUCCUGCACCCUGGCCUGCAGGACCGCUCUGAACACGCCAUCCUGCACCCUGGCCUGCAGGACCGCUCUGAACACGCCAUCCUGCACCCUGGCCUGCAGGACCGCUCUGAACACGCCAUCCUGCACCCUGGCCUGCAGGACCGCUCUGAACACGCCAUCCUGCACCCUGGCCUGCAGGACCGCUCUGAACACGCCAUCCUGCACCCUGGCCUGCAGGACCGCUCUGAACACGCCAUCCUGCACCCUGGCCUGCAGGACCGCUCUGAACACGCCAUCCUGCACCCUGGCCUGCAGGACCGCUCUGAACACGCCAUCCUGCACCCUGGCCUGCAGGACCGCUCUGAACACGCCAUCCUGCACCCUGGCCUGCAGGACCGCUCUGAACACGCCAUCCUGCACCCUGGCCUGCAGGACCGCUCUGAACACGCCAUCCUGCACCCUGGCCUGCAGGACCGCUCUGAACACGCCAUCCUGCACCCUGGCCUGCAGGACCGCUCUGAACACGCCAUCCUGCACCCUGGCCUGCAGGACCGCUCUGAACACGCCAUCCUGCACCCUGGCCUGCAGGACCGCUCUGAACACGCCAUCCUGCACCCUGGCCUGCAGGACCGCUCUGAACACGCCAUCCUGCACCCUGGCCUGCAGGACCGCUCUGAACACGCCAUCCUGCACCCUGGCCUGCAGGACCGCUCUGAACACGCCAUCCUGCACCCUGGCCUGCAGGACCGCUCUGAACACGCCAUCCUGCACCCUGGCCUGCAGGACCGCUCUGAACACGCCAUCCUGCACCCUGGCCUGCAGGACCGCUCUGAACACGCCAUCCUGCACCCUGGCCUGCAGGACCGCUCUGAACACGCCAUCCUGCACCCUGGCCUGCAGGACCGCUCUGAACACGCCAUCCUGCACCCUGGCCUGCAGGACCUCUCUGAACACGCCAUCCCACACCCUCUUCUUCCUCUGACUCAAGCAGAGGAGGAACCCCUCAAGGUCACAACGGCGGCAGCUGCAGAUCAAACCAAGUAACGUUGUCAGUGGGGUCCGAAUGGGAAGGGAAAGUUGAGAACCGGAACUCCCAAGUUCGGAACCAGAUGGGUCCAUUAAUGGAAAGUCGAUAACCGUGUCCUAAGUCAAGUCAGGGGUGGGCAAAAACUGGCCCACGGCUGGAUCCGGUGCACCGUGGCGGGCCCCCACUGUUAGAUUUACCUGCGACUCCACAGGUAAUGGGCAAUCACAGCUCUCAUUGGCUGCGGAUCGCCGUUCCCGGCCAA